CGGCGAGAUUGCUAACCCACAAUAAUGUCAAACGAUAUCGUUAAUCCUCUUCCUCUUCCCAUCGCUUCGUCAUCUCUUUGCCUUCCUCAUCACCUUCACUUAUAGAGUUGUAUCCUAUUACUACCGUCUAUCCCACCGCUGCAAACCACGAACCGGUCUCAACCGCACGGAACACAUUCUUCUCGAUCGAAUCAGGCCGAAUCAAAAGGGACAUUUACAGAAGUAGAAUCUAGAACAAAAUGGUCAAGGAAACUGGACUUUACGACACUCUCGGGCUUAAACCCACCGCUUCAGCUGCGGAGAUCAAGAAGGCUUUUCGACUCGGAGCCUUGAAGGAGCACCCGGACAAGGGAGGUGACAAGGAAAAGUACCAGGCUUUGCAACAUGCUUACGAGGUUUUGGCGGACGAUGACAAGCGACAGCUGUACGACCAGUACGGUGCUGCCGGUCUGGAAGGUGGUGCCGGUGGAAUGGGAGGGAUGGACCAGUCGGAUCUGUUCUCCCAAUUCUUCGGGGGUGGCGGUGGAUUCUUCGGUGGUGGUGGACCUGGUGGUCGACGACCACAAGGACCUCGACGGGGCAAAGACUUGGUUCACAGGAUCGGGGUCAGCCUCGAAGAUCUCUACAAGGGAAAGAUUCAAAAGCUCGCCCUUUCCAAAUCGACCAUCUGCAAGACCUGCGACGGACUCGGUGGAAAGAAGGGUGCCGUCAAGGAGUGUGGCGGGUGUAAGGGACAGGGUGUCAAGGUCCACCUGCGUCAACUCGGACCGAUGGUCCAGCAGAUUCAACAACCCUGUGGCGAAUGUGACGGAACCGGAGAGAUUGUGGACCCCAAGAACAAGUGUAGGACGUGUAACGCCAAGAAGACGACGCAGGAGCGCAAGAUCCUCGAGGUCCACAUCGACAAGGGUAUGAAGAGUGGACACCAGAUCAAGUUCCCCGGCGAGAGCGAUCAGGCACCGGGAGUCGAGCCUGGUGAUGUCGUCUUUGUCGUCGAGGAGAAGGAACACCCGCGGUUCAAGAGGAACGGGGACGACUUGAUCGUCGAGGCCGAGAUCGACCUGUUGACGGCUUUGGCUGGAGGAGAGUUCCAUAUCGAGCAUCUGGACGACAGGAUCUUGAGGGUCCAGAUCAACCCGGGCGAGAGCGUCAAGCCUGGCGACAUCAAGGUCAUCCCUCAACAGGGUAUGCCCUCCCACCGUCAUCACGACCACGGCAACCUCUACGUCAAGCUCUCUAUCAAGUUCCCGGAAUCGCUCACCCCGGAACAGAUGAGCGGGCUCGAAAAGUCGCUGCCGCCCAGAAGGAAGCUGAACAAGAUCCCUAGCAAGGUCUUCCAGGAGGAGGUCCACUUGGAGGAGCCUUCGGAGCGGGAGAAGCAGGGUGCCGCGAACGCCGAGGGCAUGGAUGACGAGGAUGAGGAUGAGCGGGGUGGACCGGGCGUUCAGUGUGCUCAACAAUAAACGCCUCUUCUCUGAUCAUUGUUAUACGAGCCCACCUUUUUACGAAUCUCCCAUGUUCCAAUAUAUUUUGCAUAGACGUUUCCAGCUUUCACUAGUGGCCGAGCAAAGUCUGCAUCCACAAAGUAAACAGAUGUCCGUUUUUUAAACAGCGUGAAAGUCAUUUAAAAAAACGACCAUCCCAAUUCCGUGAACGUGACAGACGACUAAAAGCCACAGAAACAUUAGUACUGGGCUGUCUGAUCGAAAUGAACCCG